AUGACGCUUACGCGAUCCCAGCUAGGUGAAACACCAAGACGAACAGAGCAUCCGGGCUACGUUGAGACACCUACACGACGUUCAACGCGCGGGCGCAAAUCUGUUGUUCCGAGCGAUAGUGGCAGCACAAGCACCUCACCUAGCUCAUCCCAAAUCCUCUCUCCUACCUCGACCGCAAAAAGCGGUUCAAACAUAAAUGGGUCGGCAAGCACGCGGGGACGGGGUCGUCCCGCUAAAGCAGCCAAAGACGCGGUGGCCAGGGGCGCGAACGGCGAGGAAUUGGAGUUCGGAGGCGUCUUGGGAGUGUCGGCUAUGAUGAUCGGCUUUCCUAUCCUGAUGUGGUACAUGUGGCUCGGUGCAGCUUACUACCGCGGAGGAUUCCCUGCCAGGGAGAAAGGAAAGGAGAGUUGGACACAUUUCGGCUUGGUUCUGCUCAAUCUGGUAAUUCAGGGCGCCUUCCCAACACUGAAGGCGUGGGCGAUAUACUGGGGCUUCUUGAUAUUCGAAGGAGUGCUAUAUCUUUACAUGCCUGGGAUAUACGUGAAAGGAAAACCUCUUGAGUGGGAAAGGGGGAAGAGGUUGGAUUACUACUGCAGCGGAGUAUGGAGCUUUUACCUGACAAUUGUUGUCGCAUUGGGAUUGCAUGCGUCAAGGAUUUUCCGUCUCGACACGAUCAUCGACGAAUUUGGGCCUAUCAUGACUGUGUCUAUCAUUAGCGGAUUCGGAGUCUCAAUCGCUGCAUAUGCGGCUGCCAUCUGGCGGGGUAAACAGCAUCGUAUGUCUGGACGACUUCUUUAUGACUUUUUCAUGGGCGGGGAGCUGAAUCCGAGGAUUGGUCAAUGGCUGGAUCUGAAGAUGUUCUGCGAAGUGAGACUGCCGUGGUACACCCUGUUUCUCAUUUCGCUAGGCGCGGCAGCGAGGCAAUAUGAACGCUAUGGAUAUGUGACAGGAGAAGUUGGUUUCUUGCUACUCGCUCAUUUCCUAUAUGCGAAUGCCUGUUCCAAGGCUGAGGAGGCAAUUGUCACCACAUGGGACAUGUAUCACGAGAAAUGGGGCUUCAUGCUAAUCUUCUGGAAUAUGGCGGGCGUUCCUUACACCUAUUGCCACUGCGCCAUUUAUCUUGCGAGUCACGCACCAGCAGAGUACCACUGGAAUCGAGCGCUGCUUGCGCUCCUCUACAUCUCCUACCUCUUCGUCUACUGGGUUUGGGAUUCAUGUAACGGCCAGAAAAAUCGUUUCCGCCAACAGGAAAGAGGCACUCUAUCAUACCGAAAGACCUUCCCUCAAGUACCGUGGACUACUCUUGAGAAUCCAAACACCAUCAAAACGAAGACGGGAGAUAGUAUCUUGGUGGAUGGGUGGUACAAGUAUGCACGGAAGGUUCAUUAUACGUGCGAUAUGUAUUUCGCCCUCACAUGGGGUCUUGUCACCGGCUUCAAGAGCCCAUUUCCAUGGUUCUACGCAGCCUUCUUUUUGCCAAUGAUCAUCCACCGUGCGAUUCGAGACCAACAGAAGUGUCGACGACAGUAUGGUAGCGCGUGGGAUGAGUACGAAAAGCAAGUUCCUUACUGGUUUAUUCCUAUCAAUGCACUGUUGAUCACUCGCGAACUAGUAGAGUUGGGUGCGAAUGAGAAGGCCUGGCCACUCCACACUGGGCAACGGCAUACCGCUAGCACGGGCCCGCAAACAGUGGAUUUGAAGGUCAAGUACGAAUGA